UUGACAGUCCGGAAAAAUGGCUGGGGCUUUGGCGAGAAUUGUUCAGGGGACAAAAUCUCACCUAGGACCUCUGGUGAGCAUCAGCAAUGGGUCGGUUCGGUUUCAAAGCCAAGGCAAAACUAAAUUUGGUCCCUUGGCGGACUCGGACAGAAUUUUCACGAAUCUUUAUGGGCGCCAUGAUUGGAGACUAAAGGGUGCCUUGGCCCGUGGAGAUUGGUAUAUGACAAAAAAUAUACUUGAAAAAGGAACUGACUGGAUCGUUAAUGAGCUUAAAACAUCUGGUCUUCGUGGUCGCGGAGGUGCUGGUUUUCCAACUGGCAUGAAGUGGUCCUUCAUGAACAAGCCAUCAGAUGGUCGACCGAAAUAUCUUGUUGUGAAUGCCGAUGAAGGAGAACCAGGCACCUGUAAGGACAGGGAGAUUAUGCGUCAUGAUCCCCACAAGUUGAUUGAGGGAUGCCUGAUUGCUGGACGAGCUAUGGGGGCACAAGCGGCAUAUAUUUACAUCCGAGGAGAGUUUUACAAUGAGGCCAGCAAUUUACAAGUUGCCAUUGCAGAGGCAUACCAAGCGGGUCUGAUCGGCAAGAACGCCUGCAACUCUGGGUAUGACUUCGACGUGUUCGUGCACCGCGGCGCCGGCGCGUACAUCUGCGGCGAGGAGACGGCCCUCAUCGAGUCCAUUGAGGGCAAGCAGGGCAAGCCCCGUCUCAAGCCUCCGUUCCCUGCUGAUGUGGGCCUAUUCGGCUGCCCCACUACUGUGAACAAUGUGGAGACCAUCGCUGUAUCACCUGUAAGUUGUGGGAAUUCUUCCAAAAUAAAAAGAUUACUUGAUACAUUAACCAAUACGUGUAAUGUAUGUGGUAGUCAAGCACACUUCGGCAUGAAUUGGACGAAAGCUAUCCUGUCCUAUGUCGGGUCUUAA